AUGAGCCAUAACACCGUCACCGCAGACACCGCGGACAGGGUUCUACAUGAAACGUUUCCUCAGCACACGUUCCUGAUGAACGGACUCAUUCAGGGCGUGAAGGGCCUGCUGUCAUUCAUGUCCGCUCCUCUGAUCGGCGCGCUGUCUGACGUGUGGGGCCGACGCACCUUCCUGUUGGUCACCGUCUUCUUCACCUGCGCCCCGAUCCCCCUGAUGAGGCUCAGCCCCUGGUGGUACUUCGCCAUGAUCUCCAUGUCUGGAGCUUUCUCCGUCACCUUCUCGGUCAUCUUCGCUUACGUCGCUGAUGUAACGGAUGAGAGAGAGAGGAGUACCGCCUACGGUCUGGUGUCGGCCACUUUUGCAGCCAGCCUGGUAACGAGUCCGGCCAUCGGGGCGUACCUGUCAGCCUGGUACGGAGACAACCUGGUGGUUCUGGUGGCCACGCUGAUCGCUCUGGCCGACAUCUGCUUCAUCCUGCUGGCCGUGCCCGAGUCUCUGCCCGACAAGAUGAGGCUCAACACCUGGGGGGCGCCCAUCUCCUGGGAGCAGGCCGAUCCUUUCGCUUCUCUGCGUAAGGUGGGUCAGGACCCGACGGUCUUACUGAUCUGCAUCACUGUGUUCCUGUCUUACCUGCCCGAGGCCGGACAGUACUCCAGCUUCUUCCUCUACCUGAGACAG